UUUACCUUCUAGGUGUUAAUUUUUUAUUUUAUUUAUUUAUUUACUCUUUCUAUUCACAUGACCGCGGUGCUUAGAUAAUUAAAAAAAGAAAAAAGUACACGCUGGCAGGCUAAAAUGGUGUUGCAAGGAAACCGUGCAACCACGAAGGGAGGGUAUAGAGGGGGGUUGAAAUAUAAUGCUGACAAAAGGCGUCGCCCCUCCCUGGUUCCCCCAAUCACAUCCCACCGCACCAAAGCCCGAGAGGGUGGAUUGGUCAUUUAAGAAGCACAGCUGUUUGCGGCCACCACUCUGCACAUGCUUUUGUCCACCCAAAUUACAUUUUUGACCUUAAAUCCCUGAUUUGGCGAACUGCUAUUGACCACCUCAGACAUCAGAGACAGGCCGACGUGUAGCAUGCAGAAACUUUCUCAUCACAAGCGCUCUUUAUAUUUCAACAACACCCUCACCGAUUAAACAGACCAAAUUCAAUUUUAGUCUCAUUUUCUCUCUCUCCCGUUUUUUUCUAAGCCUCGACACAGACGACGACUCAAAGCAAUGGCGUCCGAAAAAGAGACGGCUGGGUCCGGAUCUGCCGCGGCAAUCAACGGCGGCGAAGCCCUAGAACCACCGAAGCGGAAGAUAGCUCUGAUCACCGGCAUAACGGGGCAGGAUGGGUCGUAUCUAACGGAGUUUCUCCUGAACAAGGGGUACGAAGUCCACGGUCUGAUCCGACGAUCUUCCAAUUUCAAUACCCAACGCCUCAAUCACAUCUACAUCGAUCCUCACAACUCCCAUAAAGCUCGAAUGAAGCUCCACUACGCCGACCUCUCCGACGCCUCCUCCCUACGCCGCUGGAUCGACACCAUCGCCCCCGACGAGGUCUACAACCUUGCUGCCCAGUCCCACGUCGCCGUUUCCUUCGAGAUCCCGGAUUACACCGCCGAUGUGGUGGCCACGGGCGCCCUCCGCCUCCUCGAAGCCGUCCGAUCCCACAUCAUGGCCACCGGCCGAUCUCACAUUCGGUACUACCAAGCCGGAUCCUCGGAGAUGUUCGGAUCCACUUCGCCUCCCCAAUCGGAAACCUCUCCAUUUCACCCCCGAUCCCCUUACGCGGCCUCUAAAUGUGCCGCUCAUUGGUACACCGUGAACUACCGAGAAGCCUACGGGCUCUUCGCCUGCAAUGGGAUUCUGUUCAAUCACGAAUCCCCACGGCGGGGUGAGAAUUUCGUGACGCGGAAGAUUACACGAGCCGUGGGGAGGAUCAAGAUUGGGUUGCAGAGCAAACUGUUCAUGGGGAAUUUGCAGGCUUCGAGAGAUUGGGGUUUCGCGGGGGAUUAUGUGGAAGCGAUGUGGAUGAUGCUGCAGCAGGAGAAGCCGGACGAUUACGUGGUGGCGACGGAGGAGUCACACACGGUGGAGGAGUUCUUGGAGGUGGCAUUUGGGUCUGUGGGGUUGAAUUGGAGAGAUCAUGUGGUGAUUGAUAAGAGGUACUUUAGACCUGCUGAGGUUGAUAACCUUAAGGGUGAUUCUAGCAAAGCAAGGAAGGUGCUUGGUUGGAAGCCUAAGGUGGAUUUUGAGCAGUUGGUGAAGAUGAUGGUUGAUGAGGAUAUUGAAUUGGCUAAGAGGGAGAAGGUGCUUGUGGACGCGGGCUAUAUGGACGCACAGCAGCAGCCUUGAUUCAACCUAUUUCUUCCUCCAAUUUUGCUUUCAUAUAAAGCCAAUCUGCUUCUCGGUUGUUUGAAUUCAAAGGUUUUAGGUCUAAUAUAGUUAGCUUGAUUUCGAAGAUGGGUAUUUAUUAUUGGUGUUUAUUGUAAUUUCCCUAUUUUUAUUUGUUCUUUCUUGUUACGGGUUUUUAGAUUUACUGUUAAACCCAUUCAUACAAUUUCGGUAAUUCCAUAAUUGAACUAUUAUUUGUAUUC